AGAUGAGAUAGUGUUUGGAAAUCGGCAGUGUUUUUCUCUCAGCUCUUAGGAAAUAAGAGUUCAUGAGAAGUUUGGGCACAACUUUCACUGUUUUUAAACAUACUCCUUAGUUUCAGUUAAUAUCUAUCUAAUCUUCAAAGAUUUCCUAGAAUAUAGCUCAUCUGUCUGUCUAUAUGCCAUACAAUGGGAGACAUAUUGAUUGAAUCCAAAGAAACAACAGAAAUUCCUAGGGUGUUACAAACAUCCUUUAAUAAACUCUUUGAAUUUCUCCAGAAUGAAAUUUUAUGUGAUGUAGUUAUUCAAGUGCAAAGUAAAUCAUUUAAAUGCCAUCGUAACGUAUUAGCCAGUUGCAGUCCAUACUUUCAAGCCAUGUUCACCUCACCCUUAGCAGAAAGCAAGCAAAGUGUGAUAACUAUUAAAGAUAUUGAUGAGGUAACAAUGGAAAUGCUCAUAAAAUUUGCAUAUACUGGAAAAGUGAAUAUUAAUGGAUCAAAUGCCCAGAAAUUGUUGAAAGCUUCAUCAGUUCUUCAGUUUGAUUAUUUAGCUGAAGCCUGUUGCGACUACAUAAGUUCAUGUUUUGACGAAUGCACCGUUUGUAGAAUAAGAGAAACGGCUGAAAGCUUUGGACAGUCAAGCUUAGUCAAAAGGGCUGACUCCUUCAUAAAAUAUAAUUUUAACAAAGUUGUUCCAGAUAAUGAUUUUGUAUAUAUCUCAGACAAGCAUUUAGAAGAACUUCUAUCAGCUGACGAUUUAUUUGUUAAUGAUGAAGUAGAGGUUUAUGAGGCUUUAAUGUUGUGGGUAAAAUUAGAUCCUGAUAAAAGGAAAAAUCUACUGUCUAAAUUACUUCCAAAGGUUCGGCUUCCUCUCAUGCCUUUAGCAUACCUACGAAUGUAUGUAGAAUCAGAUUCAUUAGUUCGUAAAAAUCUGGACUGUCGAGAUCUUCUAGAUGAAGCCAAGCAUUACCAAAUGUGGCAAGUAAGCCAUUUACCAACAUCACAUUUACCUGUCACCGAAAGAACACAGCCAAGAAAAAGUUAUGCUGGUGUAAUAUUCUGCGUUGGUGGAAGAGGAGUAAAUGGCAAUCCCUUUUCUUCAAUUGAGUUCUACAGUUGGUACCAUAACAAAUGGAUUAAAUUAAAAGAUAUGUUAACAAGUCGGAGGCAUGUUGGUUGUGUUUCAGAAAAAGGUAAAAUAUAUGCUGUAGGUGGGUUUGCCAAUGAUGCUCAUUUAUCAAGUGCAGAACAGUUUGAUCCUGAAACAAAUAAAUGGUCAGCAUUAGCACCUAUGACAGUACCAAGGAGAGGUCUCGGUCUCUGUUCGAUGGGCGGUCCUCUUUAUGCUGUUGGUGGCCUAGAUAAUUCACUGUUUUAUUCAAUCGUUGAAAGAUAUGAUAUUAAUGCUGAUGUGUGGAGUGUCGUAGCUUCUAUGAAUUGUUCAAGAGGUGGUGUUGCUGUUGUGAACUUAAAGGGCCAUAUGUAUGCAUUAGGAGGAAAUAGUGGUACAAUAUCUUUACAAACAUGUGAAGUCUAUGAUCCCCAUCUAGAUAAAUGGACUUUUAUAUCACCUAUGAAUCAAAGUAGAGCUGGAGCUGGUGCUGUCGUUGUUGAUGGCUUUAUAUAUGUGAUUGGUGGCUUUGAAAACAAUGUGCCCCUAAACUCUGUUGAAAAAUAUGAUCCAGAUUCUAAUAAAUGGAGCUUUGUUAGUUCUAUGCAAGUAGCAAGAGGUGGAGUUGGAGCUGCUGCUUUGGGAAGGUACAUUUAUUCUAUUGGAGGACAUAAUGCUUCUUGUUAUUUAAACACAGUGGAGAUCUACGAUGUUCAGAAUGACAGGUGGAGUUAUGGACCAGUAAUUAGUGAUUCCCGAGCGGGAGCAGGCAUCGCGUGGUGCUCCAUGAAACCGGAGCUUUUAAAAAAAUUAGCAGAAGGUUGUUAAAAAGGAGAUUAAAGAGCCUGUAGAGUGAUGAAAGGCAUUUUUAUUAUUGCUUCAUGAAAACAGAAGUGUGAAUUUUCGUAUAAAUGAAAGAAGUCAUGUGAAGUAACAUUCAAGUCAUUUUUUCAUUAGGUGGAAUCUGUUUCAUAUUCUCAUUCUGUGAUUUCAUCAAGUCAUGGUUUUCUUCAUUUAUGUAUCUCAAUUUUCUUUGAUUGCUCACAGUGUAAUUUCUUUUAACUAUAUCUUCCCUUUGUCUAAUUAUGUGCCUUUAAAAACAUGCAUUAUUUAUUUAAUAAAUUAGGCAAAAAUAAAUGGCAUGAGAUGGCUUGAAUUUUUAAAAUGUACCAAUGUCCAAAACGUUUUAUUUAACUUUGUUUCCUUAGUUUUAAAAAUUAAAGAUUUUUUUUUUCUAUCUUCUGUGACCUAAUUAACAUUUAUCUUUUAUUUUUGCUGAACGAAGUGAAUAAGGUUGAUGGGUUUUUGAAUUAAAACUGAACUGGGGUCAAAUUUUUAAAAAAUUUGAUUUUUAAAAGCUCAAAAAUCAAUAAAGAUGUUCAUAUAAGGAAAUUGAAUGUAACCCUCAUGAUCCUGCAGAGCUUAUCGUUUUAAAGCAAUAAAAUCAAUCGAUUUCAUUUAUUUUAUGACACUGAAAAUUUCAAAAAUAAUGAUGAUGUAAAUUGCAUUCAAAUUUUUGGGAAUUCGAAAUUUUGCACUCUUAGCACGCUAUAAGUAUUUGUUCUUUAUGUAGAAUUUUUGGAAAUUGAAAAUAAGUGUUUUAAAAAUUAUUUUAAAUAUCAACAUUUAACUAGAUUUAUUUUUUAAAACUUUUCUAGCUCUAUUUUUAAAACCAGAUUUUCGUCGUUUUCAAAUAUCGUAUUUUCAUUAUCAAGAAUAUCCGCGGUACUAAUUUACGGAAUAGUCAUUCGGACGUUCCCUCUGUCUUGAAGUUUUCACUAAAUAAUUAUUUCCAUUUGAAAAUAAUUUUCCUACAAACUACGAAAUGUGCCUACUCUGACAGGCCCCGGUUUGCCUGGAUUUAAAUGAGAUAUAGAAAGAUAUAGAAAUUCGUUAUACUAUGAUGAUAAUCCUUGCACAGAUUUUGAAACAUAAUAUUUUUAACUUUGUUUCCAAACUAAAGUGCUUCAUUUUAAUUUGUAGAAUAAGCUAUGUGCUUUUGCUUUGUUUAAAAAAAAAAUUAUUGUCAAGAGGGAUAUUACUAUUUGCAUAUACAAGUCACUGCAGUUUUUGAACGUUUGUUUCUUUUACAUUCAUUUGAUAUUUUAUUAGUUUUCCGGUUACUUGAUUCAACGUCGGAUUUAGUUUUUUUUAUGGAAAAUUUCUGAACAUUAAAUUUAAAACUAUGAUUAAACUCUUUCUAAAUACUAUUUUUUUAGUAUCAAAUAAAAAAAAAUUGUUCUUUUUUUUUGUUUAUAUUUUUUCUGCCUUUAUUAAGUUAUUAUGUCUUUCAGUAGAAUACCUUUUUGUCUUUCAGUUGAAGAUCUUUUUAUGGUCUUUCAAUUGAAUAUAUUUUUGUUUACAUGUUUAAAAAAUUUCAUACUAAGAUUGAUGUAACUUUUUGAAUACUCAUUUAUGUGGAACAUUGUGGAAUAUAUUUUUGUUUACAUGUUUAAAAAAUUUCAUAGUAAGAUUGAUGUAACUUUGAAUACUCAUUUAUGUGGAGCAUUGUGGAAUAUAUUUUUGUUUACAUGUUUAAAAAAUUUCAUACUAAGAUUGAUGUAACUUUGAAUACUCAUUUAUGUGGAGCAUUGUGAAAUAUAUUUUUUUUAUGUGUUUAAAAAAUUUAAUAUUAAGAUUGAUGUAACUUUGAAUUCUCAUUUAUGUGGAGCAUUGUGAAAUAGUUCUUGGUUUUCAUCUUGUUAAAUGAAAGUUGCAACAACUGAUGUAUUCAUUUUGUAGUGUUUUAUAUUGAUUCAUUAUUUUAAAUAUGUUGUUUUCCAGUGCAUUUUAAAUAAUAUUUUUCUUAAAAAUCAAAUGCUUUGUUUAUUGGAUAUUUCUCCUGAUUUAAGAAAUCCAUUAAUUUUUUUAUUUAGAUAAAAUAGUAAAAUAUUUAGGUAUUACUGUACUGUAUUAUUAUUGUAUGACCAAAGAAUUUGCUACCAAAGAAUAUAUUUAUAUACAUGUCAGUAUGUGAUGAGCUGGUAAUAUAAAAAAUAUACAAAAUAAUAGUUAUAAAAUAGAAUUAAAUUUCUUUCUUUCUGUCAGAAUUUUAAUUUUCUUAUGGGACUGUACUAUUUACAAAUGUUUAGAUAUUUGUGAGUGUAUAUAUAGAAUAUUGUUUUUAAAGAAAGAAGUAUGUACUGUUAUUUCAUAUCCUGUUUAUGGAUGUAAAACAAAUAAUAAUAAUAAAUUUGCAGGACUGUAAUUUAGAAGUAGUGAUGGUUUUCAAAAUUUUAGUUCAAUUUAGUUAGAGUUAUAAAUUUGCUGAAAAUUAAAUAUAACUACAUUUAAAAAAUGGGACCGUAAAUGUUUUUUUUUUAAUUAUUAGAUUAGGAAAUCUCAUUUUUACCAUAUUUUACAGCUUACAAAUUUCAUUUGUUGAGGCAUAUCUUGUAAAUAAAUUCAUGAUUCCUAACUCUUUGGCAUCAAAGAAUUACAUUUCAGAAAGAUUCAGAAUCUUUUAUGUAAAUUAUAGCUCAACUGAUUUUUGAGUAUUAUUUUUCCUUUGUUGAUUUUUUCCCCAAAUGCGAUUGCUAUAAGUAAGUUGUUUAUUACAUUUGUUUACAUUUUGAAGAGAAUAUAAAAAUGUUUUUGUGCGUGUGAGGUUCUUAAGGCAAAUGACGAUUAAAAUUUAUUGAUAUUUUGAUUUCUCAUAUGAGUCCUGCAAUUUUUACAUUGUAUUUUUAAGUGGAUAUUCAAAAAAAUUUGUGACUAUUAGAUGACGCUACAGCCUAUAUAAGCGAAUUCCGCUGAUGAGCCGCGAAAUAACUCGAAAAAGAUUGAAACCAAAGCAAAGGGGCUUUUGAACAAUUUUUAUUGAUAAUUAUGGUGUAACAUAAUUGCCACUUAUGAUUAAUAGUUAUUUUCUGUAUUUACAAAUAAUGUAUUUUUUGACAAAAAAUUGAGAACUUCUGUUUUAUGUUAUAAUAGUUCCUUUUUUUAUGUUAUUGAUAUUGUUUUUAAAACAUUUCAUCACAAAAAAAGAACAACCGCCAAUAAUCGAAAAUUUACUGUAUUGAUAUGUUAGAACACUUAGAAAUUCUUCAUUUAAUAUCUAUAUGUUUCAGUCAUAGUAUUUUAACACAAUAUGAACAUUUUUUGCAUUGUAUUGUUUUUAUUUUGCUAAUUUAUUGAAAUAUUGCAUAAAUUUAUAUCUUUUACUUUCAAGUGAAACUGCACACUUACUUUCAACAUGAACUUUUAUCAUUUCAUAAUUCAUCAAGUAAAUACUUUUUAAUCUUUUCCAGAAAAUAACUUAAGUAGAAGUCUUCUUAUCUGAAAAUUCUGACAGUUAAUAUAUCUUAACUAUUUUGUGCAAUAUAAUUGUUCUAAUUAAGGUUGAGUUUAUAAAUCUAGUCUAAAAUGAGUUGGAUAUCCUAUAUACAAAUCUACUCUUAUAAAUAGAGUUCGUGAUAAUUCAAUUUUAAGCUGAUGUUAGUGAAUAAGAAGUAUUAAUUUUAGAUUCCCAGCUAAGUCAAACAGAGUAUUAGUAAUUAUCUUUUUAAUUUGUUAAAGCUAAUUACCAAAGAUUAACAAACCAUGAACAAAGUAGCAUGCUGUGCAAUUCAGUGGUUGUAAAUAUACUCAUGUUUGUUCAUUUUUUUUUUACUUCACUUAUUUUAAUAACUCAUAAAUAUUUUAAUAAUUCUUCUCUUUAAUGGUGUUUUCUAAUACUGGAUAAUUUGAUACCUGUUAAUUUAGAAUACAUGUUUUCUGUUGAUUUCGAAAAUUAUUUUUAAACCUGAGAAAUGCAUGCAACUUCUUUAAAAUCAGAAUUCUCAACAAGAAUUUUGGUUACAAAAUAUGUAUUAUGAUUAAGUAUAUGCUGCUGAUGUACUUUGAAUGAGUUAUGAUACAUUAUUGAUAAGAAAUUUUUAUUUGUAAUGCUUGUCUCUUUAAAUGAUGCAAAUGCAUGUGAAUUAUCAUUCAUAAUAAAGAAAAGUCUUAACUGAAAUUUUGCAUAAGGAUUUGAAGUUCUUUUUACAUGCCUUUCAUGUUAAAGGGAAUUUCAAACAUAUUACUAUCUAAUUUAGCAGGUGUAAAUAAUUUAUUUUUUACUAUUUUUCUGUUGUAUCAAGUUCAUCUUUUUUUACAGUCAAUACAAUUGUUAUUAAA